CUCAACUCAACAGUAUCAGAACCAGCUUAGACUGUAUACUUCGGCUGGGUUGCUACCCAAGAUGGAGAUCCACAAUCGCACCAACUCAGCUGCUUUCACAUUCACCUUAAAUAUAAAUACAUCUACAUGGAGGGUUACUGUCCCUAGACACAACAUAACCAUCAACACAGGGAUUGCACCCGUGGACCAGUGGUAUGUUGAGAUUAGCAUGUUCCAAGGCUUUGAAGCGUUACAUGCAAAAGCCCAGCUGCUUGAGACGCUGAAGGGAACCAUGCUAGACGUGACCAGAGAGCCCAUACUUCAGUGGACCAUCGGCAAAGAGAUUUCACCUCAGGCCAUCCUACUACAUGAACAUCGCAUCAUCAAAAUGCGGGUCACCCAGAGUCCAUGUGCCAGUGACGUGGCUGUAAUGGCACCCAUUUUUAAGCCAGGAGGCAACACAGGAAUUAUUCUAAGUGUGACCAAGUCAAGUUUCACAUCCAAUGACCGAUGGUUUAACGUAACCAAUGCCCUAAUGGGCUGUCCGGGCAUAAACCUUGUGGACCUGAAGUUGACCAACUGUCACUUGUUCCUCCUGACCAAUCAGGGGCUCUACAUCAGCCAGGACCUGCUGUCUCCAGUCACAGGGACUCUGAAUUUCACACUACUGGUGCUCCCAAUUCUGGCCGAGAUGGACUACUCUUCAAUGACCCUUUGGUACUCCUCUCAGUGUGUCACCAACCACAUGUACUUUUCUGGUAUCACAUUUUAAUAUACUAUUUAUACAA